GAUGGUGAAGUUCUACCCUGCGAAACUUUCCCAAUGAGCGGGUUUUGCGUGCGUGUGCGGAUCUUCAAUUAAUGCACCGAGCUUUUAUUUGUGUCAUCUCUUACAGCGGCGUUGCGAGUAGACAAGCCGAACAGAACCGCACUGGAUAGUUCAUUGGAUCUUUAUCCGGCUUCUGUGACAUGCACGCUUUGUUCUGUUAAGUUUAAAAAGGUUGUAGAUGGGCUCCACGUCAGUGUAAUUUAUUUUACAGACCUCCAACCGAUUUCUGAAGAACUCUUUGGCGCCGCGUUAUGCGUGCACAAGUAAACUAAGAAUUGGUACACGCGUGACGCGGGAGUAUCUGCACUUUUACGGCUUUGUUAACAAAUCUGGACGCUUUUUGCAAGCGCUGUACCGCUCAGCAGCUCCGCAAACAAUAUGAAUAGUUGACUUAGAGAGACCCGAGUGCGCCUGGCUCGCUGCUCCUCUCCCCCCCAGCGCCCCCUGUCGGCGAAGCGAUGUCCGGCGCCCGCUGGCCGCUGCCCGCCUGCGGCCUCUGGCUGGUGCUGCUCCUGUCGCCGGGCUGCUGCCGCGCCGGGCCCCCGAAGCCCACCCGCCGGCCCUUCCUCUCCGGCAGGGCCCUGCUCCUGGCCUGGAACGCCCCGACGGAGGACUGCCGCCCCCGUUACAGCGUGGACCUCGACCUGGGCCAGUUCGAGAUCCGGGCCUCGCCCAACGAGGGCUUCGUGGGGCAGAACCUCACCAUCUUCUACAAGGACCGGCUGGGGCUGUACCCCUACUUCGAGAGGAGCGGCCGGGCCGUGAACACGGGGCUGCCCCAGACCUCCAGCCUGGACGCCCACCUGCAGAAGAUGCCCGAGGGCGUGAACAAGUACAUCCGGGACCCCAGCGCCAGGGGGCUGGCCGUGAUCGACUGGGAGGAGUGGCGCCCCCUGUGGAUCCGCAACUGGGACGCCAAGGACGUGUACCGCAGCGUGUCGCGCAACCUGACCGCCAGGAGGAACCCCACCUGGAGCAAGGAGGAGGUGAACAAGGUGGCGCAGCAGGAGUUCGAGGCCUCGGCCAGGGCGUUCAUGCUGGGCACCCUGAGGCACGCCAAGCACCUGCGACCUCACCAGCUCUGGGGCUUCUACCUCUUCCCAGACUGCUACAACCACGACUACAAGAACAGCCUGGAGAACUACACGGGCCGCUGCCCCGACGUGGAGGUCAGCCGCAACGACCAGCUGGCCUGGCUGUGGGCCGAGAGCACGGCCCUCUUCCCCUCCAUCUACGUGGGCUCCGUGCUGCGCUCCAGCCCCUUCGGGCGCCAGUUCGUCCGCAACCGCGUGAGGGAGGGCAUGAGGCUGGCCCAGGUGGGGGAGGGCCCGGCCCGGCCCGUCUUCGUCUACACCCGCCCCACCUACACCAACGAGAUGGAGCUGCUGACGGAGAUGGACCUCGUCUCCACUAUAGGGGAGAGCGUGGCCCUGGGAGUGGCGGGAAUCAUCUUUUGGGGAGACUCUACCUACGCCAGCAGCAUUGCCAACUGCAACACGCUGAAUGAAUACCUGCGGGGGGCGCUGGGGCGGUACCUGGUGAACGUGUCGACGGCAGCAGAGCAGUGCAGCAAGGCGAGGUGCAGCGCUCAGGGCCGCUGCCUGCGCCGCAACCCCAACACGGACACCUACCUGCACCUCAGCCCGCAGAGCUUCAGCAUCCAGCGGGAGGGAGGCAGACUGCAGGCGCAGGGGCUCCUGACCGCGGGCGAGCGGGACUACUUCCAGCGGGAGUUCCAGUGCCAGUGCUAUAGCGGACACCGGGGCGAGUCCUGCGCGCAGAGAGAGGCGGGGGGAGGGAGCGGCGGCGCCCCGGGCCUGCGGGCCGCCGUGAGCAGUGUCCUGCCCGCCCUCGCCCUCCUGCGGCUCCUGCUCUAAGCGCGAAGGCCGUCUCUCACCGGACACUGCCGCUCAUGCUGUGCGUGGGGAAGGGGGAAGGACAGUGCCCUCCCCUCCUGGGACUGGCACCGGUUCUGUAGUCUGUGGGCAGGCAAGGCCGCAGGCGGAGCCGAACGGAGUGCCGGGUCGCCAGACCUGUUUAAAAAACAAGAAGUCUGUGUGAAUUGCCGACUCUGUCCCAAAGAGCUGUGCAUGACAGUGUCGUUGUUUCCUGAAAUCUUGCUUACAGAUUUCCUGUGCAUUUGACAUUUGUGCAGCUGCACGCACUGUCUUGGUGUUCCAGUCAGCCCCCAGAGCACAGUGGUUCACUGGCUUCCCUACAGAAAGCCAGCUUGCUAGUUUUCUGCUAUUAGAAGUGACAGCUUGGUGUGUUCAAACACGAUGAAUAAAGGGGAACCAAGAUGCAUCAGUUGCCUUUUUUUUUUAGCGGCUGUUGGGUUAGACUGAUGCUUUAGGCGAAUGUAGCCUUUCAUCUGUGUCUUUGAGCUUUCUGGAAGUGUGCUCUGUUCUGGUGAUUCUCGACCCUGGUCACUCCAGUACCAGAUCUGAGAAUCACACCACCAUUUUCCAGAUUGGCCCCCUGUCUAAACCAGGUGUAAAUGUUCAUUCCUUCGUGUCUUAAGACUCCAUUCCCAGUUCCUGUAGACCCCCACUCUUUUCCCUGCCUUCUGCGUCUUUCCCGUUGGUACAGCUACAGCACUGCACAGAUACCAUUCCACCUGCCCAGUAGUAACUGCUCACGCGAUAUGUUAGAGCUGGGUUUUUCUGUCCAUGCAGAUUCAGGGAAUACCAGCACAUGUGUGUGAGGCACUCCUCUCUGUGUGUUCAGAAGAAACGAAUUAUUAGCAAUGUGGAAACAAACCUAUUGGAAGACCACUCCAGAAACUGGAAAAACCGAACAGUGCAAUUGGAGGUUUUUAAUUAAGCUUUCAAUUUUUGUCUUAAAUUUUCAUGAUAACCUAAGUGUCAUGGACACCUUAGAAAUGUUAGGAAUUGUAAAAUCAAGGAAUUAUUUUAAAUCUGAUGAGUAUUUGAUUUUGUAAGUAUUGAUAUUUUGUGGAGCAAAACUGGAACAUUAAAAUGGAUGUAUUUGCAAAUCUUUCAGUAGAGUUAUUGGUAGACAUCUGUGUAAGCAAUAUGUAUCUGUAGGAUAAUUCCCUGGGUUUGCGACAAUAGACGUAUUAAUCAAAUUACAUGGAUAGCCAAUGGUAUUUACAACCAUUUCCCUCAUGAGAAUCCCGUGCUAAAUGAAUCUUAGCUUCAUGACUAUUUUAGUUUUGUUUUUUAAAUUGAGUCAGUCGCUUUCCUUUUUAUUUAAAGUGUCGCAGGAAACAAUUUCAGCAACAACGUUUAUUUAUAAAGAACUUGAUUAGAUGGACAACGGAAACACAACAAGGAGAUGAUGAUCCUUUUGAGGGGAAUCUUACGCCAAUCUCAAGACUGUAGAUUGGCCUGUUAAAAAAGAGCACAAUUGGAAGUGCACCUUGACAAUUAGUCUGCAGAAUGCUGAAGGGCUCACUUCAGGUGUCCACUAAGAAGCGUUUGGAAGAUGAUUUUCAGUUUUAGUUUAUUUAAUGUGUUGUACGCAGGUUCUGUUUCAGUACAGCUGAAUAUCCAGCUGAGUUUCACAUACAGUAAGUGCAUCACAUUCCACACUGUUAUUUUGUGGUUGUGUGUUGCUCCUAACAAUGCUGAAAUUGGAUAAGUCAGAGCCUUGAGAUUUAAUACUCUGCCACAUGUUGCCAAGGAACCAAGAUGAAAUGGUUCAUUCAUGAGAAAAAUGACAAGUGUGGCUGUGUGAGGCCUGUGCUGAAGUUGUGCCCAAACUCAAACGUUCGCGUUCAAUGUCUUAAGCUCUCUCGGGAAGAGUGUUUCAGCCACAAGACUCGUACGAGCCAGGGGACGGUUUGGGUUUUUAUUUAUAAUUUUAUUGGGCUGCUCAGUCAAUCUUUUUUUACACAUAAACAAAGAUGUUCAGUAGCGAAAUUCUGUUUAAUGAACUUUAUUAAAAUUCGAGAUAAGAUGGC